AAAUGGAAGAUACACUGGCCAGCCCAACUCCAAUAUAAAGCACUACCAUAAGACUGCAAAAAAACUACACAAAACAGAACUCUCUCUCUGUCUCUCUCUAAAAUUCUCUCCCUCUCUUUCUCUCUCUCUCUCUCAUAAGCGUGCUUGCAAGCUUUGAGUACAAGCUGCGCCACUCCUUCUCCUUCCCCACAUCAAAUGAGUGCCCUUGUUUCAACUGUUUUAGCUCAGCACAAUAUGCACCCCAACUGUGUGUUGUCUGUGUAACCACAACUGUACCUUUCUUUGUCUCUUUCCAUCGCAUGAUUUUGUUUGCCUUCCAUUGCAGCUCUCUCUCUCUGCAGCUUUUGGCUCUCUCCAAGCAGACAAUAAAGUUCUCCUUCUCUAAUUUUCCUUUUUCUGAUUUCUUCGCUCAAAUUUUGUGUAUAUAAACGAUCAUGGUGGAGAGGUGUGGUUACAGAAGGGAGACCGAAAUCUCGCAUUUCACCUCCUCGAAUUCGAAUUAUUCAUCGUUUUCAUCGAGCUUGCUCGAUGCGAUCUAUCGUUCCAUCGAUCAAGGAGACGACGAGAUGGUGAUCUAUGGCGAAGGAAUGAGGAAGAACAGCUGCGGCGCCGAAGGCGCUAACAUGCGCCGCGGCGUGUUUAAGAGUGAUGAGGAGAUGGCGAAUUUCCAGCGCGCUUGCAUGAUCGAGAAAUGGAUGGAGAAGAAGGUGAGCGAGAAGGCCGUCGGUCGGAGGAAUUCCGUCACCGAUUUUCAGGUGAAGAAGCCGCGCAAAGAUCGGGAGAGUUCCAGCUGGAGCUCCUCCGAUUCGAGCUACGCUGGCGCCGCCGGAUUCUUCUCCUCGUCGGAGGCGGAGUCGUUCCAGGUGCAGCGGCCGAAGCCGAUACGGACGGGGUUCGAGAAGGAGAAAUCCGGCGGAAAUCGCCGCGAAUUGGAGCUGAAACCUAAAAUCGAAGGCGGAUUCUCGAAGACGAAGCUGCGAGCGCUGAAAAUAUACGGUGACUUGAAGAAGGUGAAGCAGCCGAUAUCUCCUGGCGGCAAACUCGCCGGAUUCCUGAACUCGCUCUUCGCCGGCGGAAACAUGAAGAAGAGCAAAAUCGGUGACGAUCAGUCGCCGUCGCUGAAAUCCACGAACGCGUCUACAUGCUCGUCGGCGUCCUCGUUCUCGCGGUCGUGCCUCAGCAAAACGCCGUCGUCGAGGGGGAACCACUCCGCCGGAGCGAAGAGAUCGGUGAGAUUCUCCCCCGUGAGCGUGAUUGUCGACGAGGAUUGCCAGCCAUGCGGCCACAAAUCACUACACUCAUCAGAAAUCAACAACAACAACAAAAAACAGACAUCAAAUUGCGACGCCGCGAAGAAUUACAGCAACAUAAACAGCAUCAGAAACGUCAUCAACGAAGAGCUCAUGGCGCAUGUGAUGGAUAAAAACCGACGAGUCGAGGAGGUGGCGAGGGAUUUACUGAGGAAUUAUCAGAGGAAAAACCUUCCAUUUGAAAAAUCGAGAAAACCUCACGUCAAACACGAGGUUUUCGAUCGAGAUUUCGACGACGAUGAUGAAGAAGAAGAAGACGAUGCCGCAAGUUACGCAAGUUCGGAUUUGUUCGAGCUCGAUAAUCUCUCAGCAAUUGGGAUGGAGAGGUACAGAGAGGAAUUGCCGGUUUACGAGACGACGCGGCUCGAUUCCACAGCCAACGGAUUAAUUUACUAAACUAAAUGGUUAAUUAAUUAAGAGUAUUUUGUAAUUUUUAUUUUUGUAUUUUUUAUUAGCAAGUUAUUGGUUUGGGGGUUUACAUGAAGAGAAAUGAAAUUUCUCUCUUAGCAUCUGACUGUAAUCAAUUUUCGUGCAUUAUUUUCUUUAUAGUGUGUUUCUUUGGUGGUGGUAAAUAAAAUGUGAAUUCAAAUAAA